AUGAAUAAUGCCUCGGAACGCGAUGUGCGGCGGAUUCUUGAGAGAGCGUUCGUCCCUCGAAUCCAGAUCGAUGCGGAUGAGGAAGUUACAACUUUAGUGCAAAGUCUUGACCACAAGUCGUUAGCUGAAAUGCUCAAUUCCUACAGCCAGAUCGGAGAUGUUACUGUUCGACAUGCGAACUCAAUGAGCCAUGUCGCGAGCAAUUUUGUAAUCGAGUUCUUGGCCGAAGAGACACCAGAAUAUACAGCUGCACCAGACGAUUUUGAAGGCAUUCUCGCUGAUAUACUCAGUGAUACUUCGCGCACAGAGGUGAAUGGGGUAUUCGAGGAGUGGCUCAGCUCAAUUGUGAGCCCAACAGACAAGCCACCAUUUGAAACGUUGAACCACCCGGUCGCUUCAGUUCUAGCCGUUUCUUCAAAAACUCAGGAUCCCAUUGAGGCUUUCAGGCGGAUGAUUGAAAAAAGCUGUGCACCAGAAAGCAUCACACCUUAUAUUAGCAACGACUAUCUAAGGAUUCUCCUGUUUGUACACGACGAAGACACCCUCGCUGAACGGGCCACUUUAGAGUUUGAAAAAAUCAAGCAAGAAUUCGGGUCUUGUUGCUUCAAGUUAAGCCUUGGCACAUCGAACCAUGUUGUUAAUGACGAAAAUAUCUCUCAAGCGGUCAAAGAUAUCACCCUCACUGCUGUUGUACCAUUCAUGGAAGAGUGCUUGAGGAUAUGGAAUGAGCAGGUUAAUUCAUCUCGCCAAGGUUUAGCAAGCCGACUUUUUACUGUUUCCAAGCGCUAUCUGAACACUCCAGUGAAACUUAAUAAAAAUGUCCUGCGCAUUGCUGCACAAAACAUCACUAAAAAGACUUCCAAUGCCCAGGACCCUAUUGCACCUCCUGGAACAACCCGGGGAAACUAUUACGUGGACGACCGCUAUUACUUUUAUGCUUCGUCGGAGGCUCAAUUGCGCAAGCUGGCCGAUUUUGCCGUAAUGCUUCGCGAUUAUAAGACUGCCUUCUCUAUUCUUGACGCCCUGAAGAAGGAUUUCCUGUCGGAUAAAGCGUGGGGGUACCUUGCUGCUGCACAAGAAAUGGCAGCAGUGGUGUAUUUGGCGAGCAGAACUUCAAUGUUAUCCCUAAAGUCGUUCACAAAUACGAUUGAGCCGCUCCUAGACUCGGCGGUUUAUUCUUACAUUUCCCGCUGCCAUUUACCGGGCAGAGCGCUUAGGGCUAUUUUAUCAACUGUUGAGCUUAUUGCAAGUUCCGAAUGUGAGCCUUUGGUUGCUUCACAAGCUGCCACUUGGUUGUUAAAGGUCGAUACUGAGAGCUUGGUCGGCGGUGCUGGCGUCGUCAUGAUCAGACAGCGGAUUGCUAAUCUCUAUGUUCAACAAAACAGACAGUAUCCGGAUUCAAGUCCUUACGCUCUUAUUCUGACUCCCCAUUAUGUUUCGCCGAGCUCAAGCAGUGUGUUGAAACUGCAAACAACUACUCAUAUUCUAGCAUAG